CAGAGUCAAACGUAAACAAAAUGGCGGCAGCGUAGGCCGAAGGCUUUGUGCUUGAUUUAUAAUACCACUUAAAAAAAACAUAUUGAUUGUGGUGUAAUUGAAAAUUAAACAUGUCGUCAACAGAACCAUCUCAAAAUAAGACAUGGGAACUGUCCCUAUACGAAUUACAUAGAACGCCGCAAGAAGUAAUAACAGACGCAACGGAGAUAGCCGUCUCCCCGCGUAGUUUGCACAGUGAACUAAUGUGUCCAAUAUGUUUAGAUAUGCUGAAGAAGACCAUGACGACAAAAGAAUGCCUACAUAGAUUUUGUUCAGAUUGCAUUAUAACUGCAUUACGGUCUGGUAACAAAGAAUGCCCUACCUGUCGAAAGAAGUUGGUUUCAAAGCGGUCUUUACGACCCGAUCCAAAUUUUGAUCUACUUAUAUCUAAAAUAUAUCCAAGUAGAGAUGAAUAUGAAGCUCAUCAAGAGAGAGUGUUGGCUAAGAUUAAUAUGUCCCAUUCUCAAGCUUCUCUUGUGAACUCUAUCACAGAAGGAAUCAAAUUACAGUCUCAGAAUAGGCCUCAACGAUCCAGGAAAAAUCAAGAAGAAAGCAGUGCUAAUAGCACAUCUAAUGUUAAUGGAAAUAAUACUGAUCCUCCACAAAAUGGAGGAACAACAAGUGUUUCAAACAAUAGAGAAGGUUCCUCAUCUACAGGAAAUCCUACCCCAUCUGGUCAGUCAACAUCAAAUCCUGCAUCUGUAAGAAGUACACCAUCUCCAGUACCAUCAAAUCUGAGUUCUGUGUCAAAAAAUACUAGUACAACUAAAAGGGCAAAGUCUGUGUUAACUUCAGAGAGAAGUGAAGAAAGUGAAUCCAGUGAUGGCAGAACAGAGGGUGAAAAUUCUAUGGACACAGAGGGUGAGGGGGAAGUGCUGAAUCCAAAUGAGAUUGAGCUGGUUUUUAAACCACAUCCAACUGAAAUGAUGGGUGAUAACCAGCUUAUGAGAGCUUUGAGAGAUAGCUCUGUUCGAUACUUGAAGACCACAGCAAAUGCUUCUGUUGAUCACCUGAGCAAAUAUCUUGCAAUGCGGCUUACACUAGACCUCGACACUGAGUUACCUGAAGCAUAUCGACUUCUCAACUUCUGUAUCUAUGUUGCACCAACACCUGGACAGUUUGUGCCAUUAGCAGGAGCACAGACAUUAAGGCAGAUCAAUGAUAAAUAUUGGAAGGUAAACAAGCCCCUUGAAAUGUAUUAUUCUUGGAAGAAAACCUAGGAAUAAGCAAGCUGCAAUCAAUUUGCAGCUAUAGUAAUAAUUUAUCUAAGAAAAAUCAAUAAAUUUUAUGUUUUUAGGCAGACUAUGUGAUACAACUAUAUAUUUAGUUUAGUGAAAUUUAAAUAAUCAGCAACAUAGUUUAUUGUAAUUACAUUAUAAUUUACCUACCCUAAUUAAGUAAGAAUUGAAUUCAUAUAUGCAAUUUUUUAAAUAAGCAAUAAGUUUUCGAUUGUAAUAAUAUUAAUGGAAUCUGAUUAAUUGUAU